AUGACGACGGCUGAACCAGGAAAGAAGCUUCGCAUCAUCAUCGUAGGCGCUGGCAUCGCCGGCCUUGCAGCGGCUCGCGCGCUUAGGGAGGACCACGAGGUGCACAUAUUUGAAUCGUCGAGCUUCAAGACGGAAAUCGGAGCUGCUAUUCACACCGGCCCGAAUGCAAGUCGAAUCCUUCUCAAGUGGGGAAUGGACCUCGAACGUCUUGACUCGCCCAACUGUCGAAACAUCUACGAGUACAAUAUCUCGGGCAAGCUCGUGUCCCAUCGUACCGUCAACACUAACGAGCUCUUUGGUGCGCCUUGGCUGCUCAACCAUCGCAUCUCCCUGCACAGGGAGCUGCAAUACCUAGCCACAUCAGACGACCAAGCACUCCCAGGAGAGCCUGCCAAGCUGCACCUCGCAAGCAAGGUUGUCGAUGUUGACGGCGAAGCGGGUACAAUCACGCUUGCUGACGGCACCACUUUCCAAGGCGACAUCAUCGUCGGAAGUGAUGGUAUCAAGAGUGUACUUCAAAAGAAUGUGCUUGGUCGACCUGCCAAUGCCAAGCCUAGUGGUCAUUCGGCCUAUCGCCUGCUGAUUCCUUUUGAGAGGCUGCGCAAGCUCAAUGACCAAGAUGUCAACAAGAUCAUGGCGGCACCCUCGCUCACAAUGUUUGUCGGACAGGACAAAAGGGUGGUCUGCUACACAUGCAAAUUCGACGGACGCGAACUGCUUAAUCUCGCCGCAAUGAUUCCUGACGAGGGCCUCUUCGAAAGCUCGACCGAGUCGUGGAGUGCCCAAGGUUCUCUUAAGGACAUGAUUGCUUCCUUCUCCCAUUUCCCGCCCAUGGCAAAGAAGAUCCUGAGUCAGGCCACCGAGUGCGGUCUCUACCAACUGCGUGACCAGGAUCCUCUCGAGCUGUGGCACCGCAACCGCGUCCUCCUUGUUGGCGAUGCAGCCCAUCCAAUGCUGCCGCACUUGGGUCAGGGUGGCUCACAGGCUAUUGAAGAUGCCGAAGCUCUUGCUUACGUCCUCAAGACAACAAAGGGAUUGCCUAGCCUCGAAAAUGUCAACGCAGCGCUGCAACGUCUACAGACAUUGAGACAUUACCGCGCUACAGUCUCGCAGGAGCGAUCGAGAUUACAGGCCCUGGGCCCUCGACCUGGGUCGAAGGAGGAGAUGCUCGGGAAAAACACGUUUGAGUUAACCCGCUUCUUGUAUGACUACUUUGGCGCAGAGGACUGGGAAAAGAGGGUCAAGGAGGGUCGGACCGGCAUGCAGGAUGACGUUCCUUUGACCGUUUCGUCCCAGCCUGUUGCUGCUGUUACCAAGCCUCCUCCAGCUUCUGUCAGCACCUAA